AUGUUCAAGAAGAAACCCGUUGUCAAAUCGCUCGCACCUCUCCGCUCUUCUGACCGGCGGAAAGUAGCAGAUCAAAUUAUUCAGCAAUUCAAAAUUGAAAUACCUACACCCACUGCCGCAACGAGCCAAGAGCAACCAGGAGCCCCGCCAAAUGAAGCCGCAAUUACCCUUACAGCACUCCGCAAAUCCCUUCUGCCAGAUAAUACGAUGUCCGCGAGGUUCACGACUACCGCGGGACCGGAUCUAACACUUGUCCAGGGCACGAUCUAUGUCGGUUCACAUGCUGACGACGACGAACGAAUUCUCUGGGUGCGGCCAGAGCAGGGUGCAGGCACAGAUGGACGUCUAUAUCCUACAGUCUAUACACUAUGGCGCCACCCGCGUCUCGUCCCUCUACUGCAUACCCCAAACUUGGUGAUGGACAAACUGUACGGGGGCGCGGAUUUAAUGACGCCAGGCUUAGCCAACGGGCCACCCUUCCCUGCACGGGCGGUCUGUAUCUUUGCAUAG